GUAUCAGAUUUUAUUUAAACAGAGUGUAGGAACAGAGGAUGUCUUCUUUGGGAUGAGCAGGAAAGAUCCCUCCACAGCCUGCUGUGAAGAUAUAGUGGUUAAAAUCAAGCUGCCAGAGACAAAGUACUCAGACAUCACAUUAGAUAUCCGGGACAAGAUUCUUGACCUUCGAACUCCCAAAAAGAAGCUGCUGCUGCACCUCCCCUACCAGGUAGACAGCGAGAAUGGUAAAGCCCGUUUUCUCUCUGAAGAAGAGACCUUGGAAGUCACUUUGAGAGCAUCAAAGCAGUUUGAUUUCAUAAAUUUUGCCUGA